AUGCAACUUGACAAGUCCUCCCCUCCCGCCGCCGCCCGCACCAAACCCCAGCUCCACUCCCGCCAAUGCCACUACACCUACAACGGCACCCGCCACCUCCCAAGGGCCAUCUGGAUCCGCUCCCUCCGCUUCGAUCUCGACCCCGACCUCCUCGACGACAGCACCACCACCACCUCCUCCUCCUUGACCUACGAGAUCCUCCUCUACUACGACCACAACCGCGCCUGCACCAUCUACCGCUCGCCAGAGGACUUUCGCAGGCUCAAGUGCGCCGUGGGGAGGCUGUCCACUACUGCUGCUGCCGCCACCACCACCACCACCACCACCACCACCACCAGCAUAUCGGAUGAGCGUGUUGUCGAGGACGUCGAGGUGCUUCAGCGGUUUCUUGUCGAGGCGCUGCGGAAGAAGGGCGGGGACUGGGCGGUGGAGUAUUUUCUUCGGAGGCGGAUGGAUGAUUGCGGGGGACUUUGA